UCAGCGACUUAUAGCGGGACUGCGUCGGGCAUUUUGACACUGGGGGGGGGGGGCUGACUUGGUGUCACUGACAUCCUCAGUGACACCAACACAGUGAUCAGUGCUAAUAAAAAGCACUGACACUAUACUAAUGGCACUGGGCAGGAAGGGGUUAACAUCUGGGGCGAUCAAAGGGUUAACUGUGUGCUGGUUAACUAUAAGCUGUGUGUAUGCUUUACACUGUAAGCACACUGCUUUGCAUGGCUGUGCUAUGUAGAGCCAUACAAAGCAGUGUGCAGAAGCUGACAGGGAGAGAUCUGUGUUGUUUAUACAUAGGUCUCUCCCCUGUCGGAGAUACUUGGCGAUCAACGGGUGCCGGCAAGAAAUCA